AGUCCUGCUGAAGUACUAGCUGGGUGAGGACAAGGGAGAAACCUUAGCACCAACAUGGCAACAACCAAGUCAUCUUACAGAAGGAUUUUCGGGGGGAACCCUAGGUCGAGCUCAUCUGGAAGUCGCUAUGUGACUUCCAGCUCUCGGUACUCCCUGGGCAGUUCCAUGCGCCCGGGCACCAGCAGCAGCAGAAUGGUCUAUUCCACCUCUGCCUCCCCCGCCGUCUUCAAGUCGUCCUCGGUCAGACUGAGGAGCAGCCUCCCCCCGGCCAGAAUGGCAGACUCCGUGGACUUCACCCUGGCAGAUGCCGUCAACCUCGAGUUUAAAGCCAACAGGACCAACGAGAAGGCGGAGAUGAUCGAGCUCAACGACAGGUUCGCCAACUUCAUCGACAAGGUGCGAUUCCUGGAGCAGCAGAACAAGAUCCUGGUGGCGGAGCUGGAGCAGCUGAAAGGGAAGGGCACCUCGCGGAUAGGGGAUCUCUAUGAGGAGGAGAUGAGGGAGAUCCGCCGACAAUUGGAUCAGGCGAUCAACGAGAAAGCCCGAGUAGAAGUGGACAGAGACAACCUGGGCGACGACCUCCAGCGACUGAGAGAAAAGCUUCAAGAUGAAAUGAUCCAAAGAGAAGAAGCAGAAGGCAACCUGCAGUCAUUCAGACAGGAUGUGGAUAAUGCCUCUCUGGCACGCAUUGACUUGGAGAGGAAGGUUGAGUCCUUACAAGAAGAGAUUGUUUUCCUGAAAAAACUCCAUGAUGAGGAAAUCCGAGAACUUCAGCUUCAAAUUCAGGAGUCACAUAUCCAGGUUGACAUGGAUGUGUCGAAACCGGAUCUCACUGCUGCCCUACGUGAUGUCCGCCAGCAGUAUGAGAAUGUGGCUUCUAAAAAUCUUGCAGAUGCCGAAGACUGGUACAAGUCUAAGUUUGCUGACCUGUCGGAAGCUGCUAAUCGUAACAAUGAAGCUCUGCGUCAGGCUAAGCAGGAUACCAAUGACUACCGCAGACAGAUCCAGACUCUAACCUGCGAGAUUGAUGCAAUGAAAGGAUCUAACGAGUCUUACGAACGCCAAAUGCGAGAAAUGGAGGAGAACUUUGCCCUUGAAGCUGCUAAUUAUCAGGACACUAUUCAACGCCUGCAAGAGGAGAUCCAGAACAUGAAGGAGGAGAUGUCUCGGCACCUGAGAGAGUACCAGGAUCUGCUCAAUGUUAAGAUGGCUCUUGAUAUUGAGAUUGCUACUUACAGGAAACUCCUGGAGGGAGAGGAGAGCAGAAUUACCAUUCCUGUACAUUCCUUUUCUACAAUGAGCCUGAGAGAAACCAACCUCGAUUCUCACCCAGUGGACACUCAUUCCAAACGCACUCUGCUCAUCAAGACUGUGGAGACAAGAGAUGGACAGGUUAUUAAUGAAAGCUCCCAGCACCACGAUGACCUGGACCUGGACCUGGAGUGAAAUUGAAAUAUCCGGAACAUAACCAGAGAACCUUUACCAGCACCGUAAUAGCGUUGUGUUUUAAAAUUUGAAGAAAACCAGCUUUCAAGUGCCUUUUGCAGUUAAUUGGAGAGCGCAAGAUAGGGAUAAGCUAGCUGACAGUUAGGAGUUUGGUUUGGCAAGGACAGGCAGUGAGCUUCUUCUGUCUAGUUUACAGACUAUGUAAUAGCAAUUAUCUUGUGCCGCAAUACUGUUUUUACAUUCCCAAGAAAAAAAAAGCUUUUUUUAUUUCCAGGCAAUGUGCAGCCAGUGCUUCAAUAAAUCUUUA